CGAGCUGCACGGCGCAGGCGCGAGGAGCGCGGGGACGCGCCGCCGCCGCCAUGCCGAUGAAGGGCCGGUUCCCGAUCCGGCGCACGAUGGAGUACCUGAGGCAGGGCGACUUGGAGUUCAAGAGCGCGGUGCGGAUCAUGAUGGUGAACUACAACACGCAGGGGUCGCUCAGCGAGGGCGCCAGGUGCUGUAAGCGGCCUAUAGAGAGGAAUGGCCUCCUUUGCAAAGUGCUUUUGAGAUCUCCUAUAGCACUUGCCUGUAGUUCUAUGUAUUCCUAUGAUGGCAAGCAGGUCUUGGUUGACAUUGAAGAGAAAACCAACAAAGAGAUAACUGAGCGUAUUAAAAAAAUCUUUGGUAAAAGCAGAGAAACUCUCGAGAGAGAGGAGCAAGCAAAAAAGGAGGUCUUACAUCCUGCCACCUUUGGCCCCAAGAAGUACCACUUGCGUGAAUGUAUGUGUGAGAUUGAAGGCCAGGUGCCCUGCCCAGGAAAAGUGCCACUACCCAAGGAGAUGACAGGCAAAUACAAAGCAGCAAUGAAAGCAGCAGCUGCCAGUGAAUAAGUUAUGCAGUUCUGCUGCCCUUCAAGCUUCCUAGAGAGGAAACAAACUGGACUAUAGUACCUGAUCAGCCUUGCUUUCCAAGAGGUUGGUCCCAACCAGAGAGGUAAAAAUUAAUGUUUAUCACUCAAGUGAAAGACAAUAUUUGAAUAAACUUUUCUUUGAGACUUCA